AUGGCACAAUCAGAGAAACCUACUCUGAAAAAGAGGAUUGAUGCAUUGGGAGAAUACUGCGCGCUUCGUGAAGAUUAUCGCGGUCGCCUGCCGGGUUACCUAUCUCGCUUCACUGGAUACAAGCUACCAAAUGCCCAGCCGCCAUAUGAGCCUUUAAGUUUCCCACCUUUUUCAUGGCUAAAAUACAUUCCGCUCAAGUUAGAAGUUUACACUUUUACUUGGAUAGGCUCAUUCGGAGGUAUUCUUCUCAUUGAAGCAAUUAUGUCGGCAAAUACAGCGUUUUCAGAAGUUUAUCACGCACCAAUUAUUAUUACCUCAUUUGGCGCCUCGGCGGUAUUGUUGUUUUCCGCUAUCGAAUCACCUCUUGCACAACCCCGAAACUUCGUCCUUGGCCAUUUUGUAUCCGCUCUCGUCGGCACAUGCAUUACCAGGCUCUUUGUCCUCAAUCCAAACUACCACCGUUUUCUCGAUGAAGGUGGUUUCCACGCCAAUGUCUUCGUGAAUGGUGGUUUAUCAAUGGCAACAUCUGCUCUUGCGCAAGUUUUAAUCGGAGCUGUACAUCCACCCGCCGGCGCAACUGGACUCAAUGCUGCUGUUCAAUCGCAAGUUGUCACACUUUCGUGGCGUUAUCUGCCGGUUAUACUUGCCUCUUCACUAAUCAUGCUUGGCUGGGCGCUUAUAAUAAACAAUGUUGGACGUCGGCGUUAUCCCGUUUUCUGGUGGAAGCCAGGUAAAGUGUUUGUUUCAGCAACAAAAGAACAGCAGAUUAAGGAACGUGUGCGUGAGGCCAGGGAAGUAGAGAUGGCCCUUAGAGUAGAGGAGGGAGCCACUUUGAGCGACGAAGGAGGCGAAACUAGUGGACACGAGCCGUGA